CCGCAGCUAUUUAGUGGGAAAGCGCUGCAGAAGUUGAAGCUGGGACUUAAAGUCCAAAAGCUAGCAAAUCCCAUAGCUAGUAUCCUCGCAGACAAUCGUACUAUGGUUGUAGAGGAGUAUGUAGAGGGAGUCGAGGCGUAUUUCCGCCUAGAGAAGGAUGGGAAAGUGGAGAAGGUCCUCCACUCCCUGACUCUCCUCGUAGAAGACAGCCUCCCAUUCGACAUUGUCCUGGGAAUGGAUUGGGGAGAGGCAGCCGGGGCCACGCUCCAUUUGAAGGAGCACGAGUGUAGGCUCCCUAGUUCUUCAGGCGAGGCUAAGACUGCCCGCCUGUUCCAUGUGCCAGGCGUAGAGAAUUCCUUGGCACAUUGCUGCCUUAGUGCUCCUGCGUUCGCCAGAUUGGUGAAAAAGGAAAAACUAGAGGAACAGGUUUUCGUUGCCUAUGUCAGGCCAGGGACUGAGCCUACGGAAGAGAAGUUGAUGGACCCUGCAAUUGCCAAGCUGCUGGAAGAUCGGACCCCUGAAGAGCAUCAGAGUCAUCUCAGGCAAGUCUUGGAGAAGCUGAGAGAAGCUAACUUUAAGAUCAAUGCAAAGAAGUGCGAUUGGGCGAAGACCCAAGUUUUGUAUCUAGGCCACGUCUUAGAUGAAGAUGACGUUAAGCCAGAAGAUAGCAAGAUCGCAGCGAUUAGAGAUUGGCCCACGCCACGUACGCUGACAGAGUUGCGCUCGUUCCUGAGCUUAGCGAAUUACUACAGGAAGUUUGUGAGGAACUUCUCCACCAUCGCUGCGCCCCUUCGCAGAUUGUUAAGAAAAGAGACAAUUUGGAAGUGGGACAAGGACUGCACGUCUGCCAUGAAGAAGCUAAAGCAGGCGUUGAUAGAGUAUCCCGUCCUUAACGUCGUCGAUCCGUCCUUGCCCUUUGUCGUUACUACGGAUGCUAGCCAGUACGGCCUAGGCGCAGUGUUACAGCAAGACGAUGGCAAUGGCUAUAGACCCGUAGAGUUCAUGUCCGCUAGGAUGCCUUCAGAGAAGGUUGCGACAUCUACCUAUGAGAGGGAACUCUACGCUCUCACGCAAGCAUUAGACCACUGGAAGCACUACUUGCUUGGGAGGCACUUCAAAGUCUAUUCGGACCAUGAAACGUUACGAUGGUUAAAGACCCAGGCCAAGAUGACACCUAAGCUUACUAGGUGGGCCGCAGAGAUAGAUCAGUACGACUUCGAGCUCAAGCCUGUCAAAGGGAAGUACAACGUAGUCGCGGAUGCUCUGAAUAGGAAAGCAGAUUACUUUGGGGCAAUAGUACAUUACCUCGAUAUAGGAAAGGAUUUGCAGCAGAAGGUUAGAGAAGCCUACGCGCAGGACCCUAUCUAUGGUGAGUUCCUCACUCGAGUCAAGGAGGCCCCAGAGACCGAGCCGAACUACUGCACUACUGGAGGGUUACUCUUCGAGAAGACUAAUGUCUUUGACCGGUUGUGCAUCCCCAAUAGCGAAGAGAUCCGUAGUCUGAUUAUGGGGGAAUGUCACGACACAGAGGGUCAUUUCGGUUGGCAAAAGACUUUGGCCAAUCUGAUGCGCGCGUAUACCUGGCCAGGGAUGAAGAAUGACUGCGUAGAGUAUGUUCGCAGUUGCAAAGUCUGCCAGCGUAAUAAGAGUUCUACGCGCGCCCCGCUAGGUCUUCUCAGACCCUUGCCCAUCCCGGAUCAGCCGGGAGACUCAAUGUCAAUAGAUUUCAUGGACACUCAAGUCAAGAGCAGGCAUGGCAAGAGCCAAGUCAUGGUCAUAGUUGACCGCUUUAGCAAGUACGCAGUUCUUGUUCCUUUGCCUUCUGAGGCGCGUACUGAUUUAGUCAUACAGAGGUUCUUUGACUGUUGGGUUAGUGAGAAUGGAAUCCCGCUGUCUAUAGUUAGCGAUAGAGAUAGUCGCUUUACUAGCCAGAACUGGCAAGAACUCAUGGGAGUAUACGGAUCUAAGUUGUUGAUGUCGUAUGGCCGCCAUCCAGAGACUAACGGUCAGACAGAGCAAAUGAACAAGAUCCUACAGCAAGUUCUGCGCAUGUAUAUUAGGCCAGAUCAGAUUAACUGGGAUGAGAUGUUGCCUAAAGUAGCUAGUGCGUACAAUAACAGCGUGCAUCUAGCCACCUGCCGCACUCCCAACGAACUGCACAAGUCCUUUAGACCGUGCAGACCGUUUGAGGGACUUAACCGGGAUCAGAUUCAGAGAUUGUCGCCCGGGACCAGGGAGUUUGCUAUGCAACACGAGAAAGAAGGUGACUUAGUCUGGGUUAGUUCUAAAGAGUUUGCGCCGGAGGAGAACAUCUCGCAGAAGUUACUGCCCACAUAUAGAGGACCGUGGCCUGUUCUGGAAGUCAAGGGCGGGGAAGAUGGACCGUCCUAAACAAUAGAACUACCAGCACACCUCCACACGUAUCCAGUUUUCCAUCCC